CCUGGACCCUCUUUUACCUCCUCCUCCUCUUCUUCUACCUCCUCUUCCUCUUCCUCAUCUUUCUUCUCCCUCCUCCUCUUCCCUCCUCCUCUCUUCACAGCCAUGGCAGACGGUCCGCCCUCCUCCGCUGAAACUCCCUCGCCGCCCUCCUCCGCCAUCUCCACGCCGCCCGCAGAGCGCGCGCGCGCCCGCACUCGUCCUCCUCCUCUCCCUCUCCGCUCCUCCCUCGCCCCUCGCUCCCGCUCUCACUCCCGCGAGCGCGGCGUCUCCCCCGGUCCUCUGCGCUCCCCGAACCUCCGCGUCCGUUUCCCCGUCGACAACAACCCAAACGAAGUCCACUAUCCCAACGACGAUGCCUCUGAUCCAUCAACCCUUCGCCGACCUGGCAUGCCUCCGCGCACUUCCUCCGCCGAACGCGUCAGAACCGCUGCAAUCACCUUCGGCUCCCCGGAGUACACCCCGAACGAAUCCACCAGCAGUCUCGUCGUCCCCACCAUGGGCUCUCUCUCCACCCACGACGUCCUCGUCGAAGAAGACGAAGAUGAAAAACCUUCUUCCUCCGGCGUCGAGCUCGACGACGACACCUACCGCAAACUGCGCUACGCUAUCGCCCAGUCCGGCUCCCGCUCGGCUCCAAACUCCCGCUCUACCUCCCCCGUCCGCGAGAAAUCCGGACACGACGACGACAACAACAACAACAACAACGUCACGCAGAUCCGCAUCGAGCCACCAUCGCCCAUCGCGCGCGAUGACGCAGGCCAGACCAUCGACCUCGAGAAAGUCAACCGCAGCCUCGCCCUCGACAAUGACGAGCUCACCGAAACCGCGCGCCAGCUCGUGCACGCUCAUACCGGAAACCUGAGUUCUAUGGAAACUACCCCCGGCGAGGGCUUCAUGGUCGAAAACGAUCUCAACGACCUGCAGUCAGGCCAGGUCACCCCCGUCGAGCACGACGAGUACGUCCCGCCUCCUUCGCACGUCAAAAAUGGUAUUCUCUCCUCUCUUCUCCGUCUCUACAACAACCACGACCCGGGCGCCAACUCCUCGCGCGUCUCCCUCGACACCACCAUAAACUCCCACCCUUCCACUCCUCCUUCCGGACGCACCACCCCGACGCGUAAAUGGUACAGCAGGUCCGCCAACGCGUCUACCUCCUCCCUUGCCGGUCUCAUGGGAGUAGGCUCGUCCAAAAAAGACAAAGAAGAAGGUCGUCCGUCCCUCCAUCAUUCGUCUAGCCAAGGCCAUCUCCACGGCCCCCAUCUGUCGUCGCGCGUCAGAGCAAGCAGGAAACACAAGCAGCGUCUCGAGGAUCAGAUCCGCAUUACUGUGCAUAUUGCUGAAGUUUUGCAGCGACAGCGGUUUAUCCUCAAGCUUUGCCGCGCUCUCAUGCUCUACGGCGCGCCUACGCACAGACUGGAAGAAUACAUGAAGAUGACCUCGCGAGUACUUGAGAUUGAUGGCCAGUUUCUUUACAUCCCCGGUUGCAUGAUUGUCUCGUUCGGUGAUGUCUCCACGCAUACUUCCGAGAUGCAGCUCGUGCGCGUCACUCAGGGCGUGGACUUGGGAAGACUGCACCUCACGCAUCUGAUUUACAAGGAAGUCGUUCACGAUAUCAUUGGCGUGGAGGAGGCAAUGCAGCGCCUCGAUGAGGUCAUGAAGGCCAAGAACCUGUACCACAGAUACCUUUGCGUUCUCAUCUUUGGAUUCUCUUCUGCGAUGGUGGCCCCGUUUGCCUUCAGCGGUCGCUGGAUCGACAUGCCGAUCGCCUUCGUCUUGGGCUGUAUCGUCGGUUUCCUGCAACUCGUCGUCGCGCCGCGCUCAGAUCUGUACUCGAACGUCUUUGAAAUCUCCGCCGCCAUCGUCGUCAGUUUCUUAGGCCGUGCGUUUGGUUCAAUCGACGACGUCAAUCUUUUUUGCUUCGCGGCCGUCACGCAGGGUGCGCUAGCUCUGAUCUUGCCGGGUUAUAUCAUUCUCUGCGGCGCUCUGGAGCUGCAGUCGAAGAACAUCGUUGCCGGCGCUGUUCGCAUGUUUUAUGCAAUUAUCUACUCACUAUUUUUGGGAUUCGGAAUCACUCUCGGCGCAGCAGUCUACGGAUGGAUGGAUCAUAACGCGACAUCGCGGACAGAGUGCACCACCAGUCUCUCACCCUGGUUCCGCUUCAUCUUUGUGCCUCUGUUCACGAUCGGCCUCGCCCUCGUCAACCAGGCACACUACCGGCAGAUCCCAAUCAUGGUCCUGAUCUCCGGCUGCGGCUACGUGGUCUCCUACUUCUCCAACCUGCACUUCAAAAACUCAUCCGAGCUCGCGUCCGCCAUCGGCGCGCUCGUUAUCGGAAUCACAGGAAACCUCUACUCGCGCCUCGGCCACGGUCUCGCGUUCGCAGCCAUGCUACCCGCCAUCUUCGUGCAAGUCCCCUCCGGUCUCGCGUCCCAGGGCUCGUUGAUCUCCGGAAUCGCGGUCGCGGAUAUGAUUGUCUCGGACGCGAACGUGACCGAGACGACAAUCACCUCGACCUACGUCUACGCGAGCACCACGCUCACGUCCUACACCACGCUCACAAUCUCCGCGACCGCGACCGCGACCACGACAAGCGCUGACUCGACCGCCAGUAUGUGGUCUGUCGGGUUCAGCAUGAUCCAAGUCAGUAUCGGUAUCGUCGUUGGACUGUUUGUCUCGACGCUGGUGGUGUAUCCGCUGGGCAAGAAGAGAGGCGGUUUGUUUACUUUCUAAGUCUCAUGUCCAUGAAUUCCAGUCGAGAGUCUGGAGCCAUUAAAGAAAAAAAGCUCGGUUUUUGUAAGGUUGCAGAGUGUCAUUUUUGUUCUUGGAGUACCAGGUUUUGCUGCCCGUCUUUGCACAUGGGUUUUAUUCACUUUUAUUAACUAGAUCAUGUACGCAAACAAACAAAACAAUAUAGAAUAUUCACAAAAAGAGAAAAAAACAGAAAAAA